AUGUCAUGCUUGAGCGGCCUUGUCACCUCGGUGGCAUCGCUGAUCAGUGGCAUUGUUAGUGCUAUUGCAGAGUACGACGAUCUUAUGAACACGGAUGAGUUUGGAUCCAUGCAUCUUGUUACCGACGAGGCCACAUUCGUUGUCGAAGCAAAUAUCGAUUAA